AGGAGAUGGUAUAUAUAUACUAAAACCCUAGACGCUUCUCCUUUCAGCUGUCGCUCGUCUACUUUUACAAUCGGAGCUUCGACCUUCCAAACCUACCGGCGGCGAAAAUGGUUUUCAAGAGGUACGUUGAGAUAGGGCGCGUCGCACUUGUGAACUACGGUGAAGAUCAUGGAAAGCUCGUCGUCAUCGUCGACGUCGUUGACCAGAACAGAGCUUUAGUGGAUGCCCCUGAUAUGGAGAGGAUCCAGAUGAACUUCAAGAGGUUGUCUCUUACCGAUAUCGUGAUUGACAUUAACCGAGUGCCUAAGAAGAAGGCUUUGAUUGAGGCAAUGGAGAAGGCUGAUGUGAAGAACAAAUGGGAGAAUAGCUCAUGGGGUAGGAAGCUUAUCGUGCAGAAACGUAGGGCUAACCUCAAUGAUUUCGAUAGGUUCAAGAUUAUGUUGGCCAAAAUCAAGAAAGCUGGUGUUGUCAGGCAAGAGCUUGCUAAACUUAAGAAGGAGAUCACUGCUUAAUCAAAAGAUAAUAUUAUCUGCAAAUCUGUUUUUUGAUUUUGGAUUCGGUAAUUAGUGUUUUUUUGCAUGUUUCAAACAGUAUUAUGUGCUCAAGUAUCCCAUGUUUUGAAACCUUGUUUUGAAAGAUUUAGUUCUUGUUAUGUUAUCUUUUAAGUGACCAGUUUUUCUUAUUGCCUCU